GGUCCUACCCUCCUUCCGUGCACCCGGCCCCGGGCCUCAUCAGCUUGCAGGUGAUUCUAACCCACACCGGAGUGUGUGUUAACACACGCCAUCCUUCAGGUGCCUAAAAAUAGCUUCGGCUCGCGCACUCCCAGAAGCCUUGCACAGUCACCACACCUGGGGGCAGGCCCAGGCCGCCCACCGCAAGCAGGAUCCUACAAAAGGGUCCCGAGGAGGAGGCCGCAUCUUCACGUUCUCAGAGGGAAAGCUGGGUUAUCCAAGCCCCCCGGACAGUGCCCGGGAGAGCGGACUCGUAGUUCUCCAGCCAGGAGACUGCAAGCUUGGACCAGUGCCCCACCCCCGGUAUCUCAGUCCGCCUGCACUGGGGAGUUAACGGGGACACGCUAUUUGCACGGAUGCCACAAGAACCAGGAUGGCUGGUUUGGUGUUGUGUGAACCGACAGAGCUUUACAACAUCCUGAAUCAGGUCACAAAACUAUCCCGACUGACUGAACCCAACUAUCUCUGCUUAUUGGACGUGCGUUCCAAACGGGAGUAUGACGAAAGCCACGUGAUCACAGCCCGUCGAGUGAAGAAGAGGGCGAAUGAGUAUCUCAUCCCGGAGUCCGUGGAUCUGGAGUGCGUGAGACACUGUGUGGUGUACGACAACAACACCAGCACGCUGGAGAUCAUCUUUCGAAGGGAGAACGAGGAGGAGCAGCAGCAGCAGCAGCUCUCUGACAAGAGUAGACAAGAACUGGUUCCCGGAGCGGCCGUGGAGUGUGGCAGAGCGCUGGCCGCCCUCACCCGUCACCCCGUGUGCAUCCUGAGAGGGGGCUACGAGCAUUUCUCGGCCACGUACCACUUCCUCCGGACGCAGAAGAUCAUCUGGAUGCCGCAGGAACUGGAUGCCUUUCAGCCCUACCCUGCUGAAAUAAUUCCAGGCAAGCUCUACCUGGGCAAUUUCAGGCAAGCCUGCGACCCGAAAAUUCAGAAGGAUUUGAAAAUCAAAGCACAUGUCAAUGUCUCCAUGGAGACGGGGCCAUUUUUCGUGGACGACAGUGACAAACUUCUGCACAUCAAGAUAGAAGAUUCCCCAGAAGCCAACAUUUCCCCCUUUUUACGGCACCUCUGCCAUUUCCUUGAAAUUCACCUCCAGCUUGGCUCGGUCAUCCUGGUCUUUUCCACCCUGGGCAUCAACCGCGGCUGCGUGGCCGUCUUGGCCUUCCUCAUGCACUGGAACGAGCAGACCUUGAAGAAGUCCUGGGCCCAUGUCAAGAAGUGCAAAAACAACGUGCAUCCCAGCCAGGGCUUGGUGGCUCAGCUGUCCGAGUGGGAGAAGGUCAUCCUCGGAGACUCCGUCACAGACAUCUUGGUUCCGCUCUACUGAUCUUCCCUGUGGUCCAGCUCCGGGUCCUGAGGGCCGCCCGGGGGGAGUGGGCCAGGCCGUGUAACUGGGUUGGUGUGGAAAGAGAAGGCCUUUGCCGCCUGGA